UUGUGUAACUACUAUGUUACGCCAUUACACCAUUAGCAACCUUAAUGUUUGCUUCCACUCCUACUGAGAUGAAAGAAGUACUAAAGCGAUGUGCCUGUUUUUCUUUUUCUCUUCACUAGACUUGAAUGCAGCACAAAAGCGAGCGAGGGAGUGAGGGGGAGAGAGAGCACACAGCAACAGUGCAGGCGAGCCCCACUGAACAGCAGCGUAUCCUCUUUCAUACACACACACACACACACACACACUGUACGCUCCACAUCCCACACACAAAUGCCUGAGCGCUCAUACACAUGCAGCCCAACAACCGCUACCACCUCGACACUACGACUGCACUGGCUUCAUUCUGAGCUCGGCGAUCCUGCUACCCGCUUACCACACAAGAGAGCAGAGAAGAGACAUCAUCUAAAAGACUACAUAUCACCCAUGGAGGCGCGCGGCAGGGGGAGGGCAGGUGAGUGAACGCUGCCCGCUACAGCUGCUGCUACGGCUGCCUGUGUCACUGCUAUCAAGAGAGAGAGGGGAAAGAAGGAGGAUCAGCUUUUCGGGAGGAUAUAACCGUAUGUGAGACCGAGCCAAGCCGACAGUGAGCGGAGCACCACUGGGCAGAUGUGGAAGAGACAACAACCAAGUUCACAUUGUGGGUGUGUGACCCGCUAAUUUGACCCCAGCACAGAGCAUAACUGUCAGCUGACGGAGGGCCAUGGCGGGGUGCCUGAGCCAGGAUGUUUGCUGGACACUGGCAAUGCUCUUCAUCCUAGUAAUGAUUGUUGUGUCACCCAUCCUAGGCCAAGGAUGUCCCCAGCGAUGUGAGUGUGUCUCAAGGCUCAAGACCGUGUCUUGUAAUAAUAAAAGACUGACUGCACUCCCUGAGGCCAUACCCUCAGACACAAGGGUCUUGGACCUGAGUAGUAAUAAACUUCGCUGGGUUGAACACGGGGACCUGCUCACAUAUCCUCACCUUGAAAAGUUGGACCUAAGUGACAACAUGAUUAGUGUGCUUGAACCCAAUGCAUUUUCAAGUCUUCAGAAUCUGCAGUCUCUCUCUCUCCGGGGAAACCAAUUGAAACUGGUACCCAUGGGAGCUUUCUCGCGUCUUACCAACUUAACUUCAUUGGACCUAAGUGGAAAUAAAAUUGUAAUUCUGUUAGACUUUACUUUCCAAGACCUAAAAAGUCUGAAAAAUCUUGAAGUUGGGGACAAUGAUCUUGUUUAUAUUGCAAACAAAGCUUUUCUGGGUCUUGUAGGCCUUAGAGAGCUGACCAUUGAAAGAUGUAAUCUGACCUCUGUGUCAAGCCAGUCUUUGUCUUACCUUCAUAAUCUUGUGACUUUACGGCUUCGCUACCUCAGUAUCUCUGCCUUAGAAGAUCAGAACUUUCGUAAACUGGGUAAUUUGAGGGGCUUGGAGAUCGACCACUGGCCCUUUUUAGAGUACAUCUCCCCUCACAGUCUGCAGGGUCUUAAUUUGUCCUGGCUGUCUAUUACACACACCAACAUCACCUCUGUGCCCACCUCUGCCCUGCGCAGUCUAUCCCACCUCACUACUCUCAACCUCUCGUAUAACCCCAUCUCUGUACUGGAGUCCUGGGCCCUGCGAGACCUCGUCAGACUGAAGGAGCUUCAUUUAGUGAGCACUAACCUUAUGACAGUUCAGCCCUACGCGCUGGGAGGGCUCAGACAAAUCCGCCUCCUAAACUUCUCCACUAACAGCCUAGUAACACUGGAGGAGGGGGCCUUCCAGUCCGUCAACACCCUGGAGACAGUACGUUUGGACGGGAACCCUUUAGCCUGUGACUGCCGCUUACUGUGGAUCCUCCAGCGCAGGAAGACACUAAACUUUGACAGAGCUCCCCCAGUGUGCACAACACCUGUGGAGGUGCAAGGCAGGGCUCUUUCCGCUUUCUCAGACUCUGCUCUUUUUGAACAUUUUACUUGUCAAAAGCCCAAAAUCCGUAACAGGAAACUGCAGCAGAUAUCUGCCCGCGAGGGACAGGUGGUGUCCUUCAUUUGCAGAGCAGAAGGUGAACCAACGCCUGUUAUUUUCUGGAUCUCUCCCCAACGCCGCCGCAUAACCACAAAGAGUACAGGUCGUCUCACUGUCUUACCGGAAGGUACAUUGGAAAUACGCUAUGCUCAAGUCACAGACAGUGGGACGUAUAUCUGUAUAGCCAGUAACGCAGGUGGAAAUGACACUUACUUUGCCACUCUUACAGUGAGUGGGUUGCCUCUCGAUGCAGCACUUAUGGCAAACCGUACCUAUUACACUGGGGACCUGAAUGACACAAAUCUAAAUGACACUAAGGUCUUUUUAAAGUUUACUCUGGAUUUAAAGACCAUCCUCAUAUCCACGGCCAUGGGCUGCAUCAUGUUCCUAGGAGUGGUCCUGUUCUGUUUCAUUUUACUGUUUGUGUGGAGCCGAGGCAGAGGGCAGCACAAAAACAACUUUUCUGUGGAGUAUUCCUUUAGAAAGGUGGAUGGACCUGCAGCCAGCGGAGGACAGGGUGGGGCACGAAAGUUUAACAUGAAGAUGAUAUAAACUGACUUUUUUUUUUACAAAACAUGUUUACAAGCCUUGUAAUGCUACAGAUAUAAAAAACAAAAAACAAAAACAAAACAAAAAAAACUUUAGAAGAACUUUUUUAUCUAAUGACUUUUUACAUUAUGUUUUAGCAUUGCAUACUUUUAUGGUCACUUGCGCCGAAUGGGACUCAAAUUAUUGUAUAGACCAAACAACAAUAUGUAUAAACAUAUAUUUACUGAUAUAUUGAACGAUUAUAGGCCGUUUGCCAACUAAACAUGAAAAAUAACUAAGCUUUUGCUAUCUUUCCUUCUCUGAGUUGCCAUCAUAGUUCUUUUAAAAUUUCCAAAUUAAUUAUUGUAUUAUCAACCGUGUUGGUGCUUCAUAAAUGCCAAGGACUUGCCAAUGUUUAUCUGAAAGUAUAGGCCUCUAUUAUAUCUUACAAUGGUUACAUUCAGGAUUUCAGUACCCUGGUAAUUUGAUAAGUAACAAAAGGCUGUUGUCUAACACUGCCAAGAUUAGCCCAAAGCACCACUCGAAUGAGCUAGAGUAAGGGAACAAUAGCCACAUGCACAGUAUAGACUACCAUUAAAUAACAUAGAGGACAUUGUUAAAAUCUUUAUAUUGUAUAAUCUGUAAUACUCCUUAUUCAAUGCUCAUACUUGUAAAUGUUGGUUGUAUUUAAACUUCUCUCAUGUUAAAUAUGUUAAAUUGUACAGGUAGAACAUCUGUAAAGAUGUAAAAUAUUAUUUUGUAAUUGUUGAAAAUUGCACAUUUGUGGUUGUUUUUAAAUUGUGUUGAGUAAUCUGAUUGAACAAAAUCUCUCGUUAAAUCUGCCUUUUCCAAUCCAUUGCCAUGAUUCCCAGAGCAUUUACCCUUUCACACUUUGGUUUAUCAGAAAGAUAUUGCGCUGAGACAUGCCUGCUCCCAGAGUGCUCACAUCACAUCAUGAGGGGCAUAUAUGUCAGAUCUCAGACUAUUUUGGGGUGUACAGGACAGUGCCACUGCAUUCCACAUUAUGAACAAUCAAAUAUCAGAUUUUUGGUUGAUUUAUUCAGUUGAGGGUAAGAAGUUAAGAUCAUUCUUACCCAGUCUCCAAUAGGAAAUGCAGCAAUGUUACUCUUUCUUCCUUUAGGCUAUAUGUUGUAUAAUUAAAAUUUGAUUAUAUUUUUCUUUCACGACAUUGUUUCAACAAUAAAUGAUAGCGUGUGUUUAUGAUAAAAUAUAAUUUUUUCAUCUGUUGACACCUCAUUUUAGUGGUCCUAGGGCUAGCACAGGCAGUUAGAUGCUGUUACACUGCCCCCCAAUGGUUGAAAACAAAAUUGCCCAAGGUGGAGCACACAGCACAGUAGUGUAAAUUAGGCACACUGCUAUUAGCUCAACAUAAUGCACAAACGACAUAUUUCUAAGAGAAAACAUUUAUGUACAGGCUGCAUUUAUCAUCUCAGUGUUAACAUGACUGAUGAAACUAUGAUUCAUGUUGUAAUAUAUGAAGCAUUGUGUCUGCAGAUUGUGCUAGACUGUUUUGUAUUGUUUUAUAAAAUGAAGCAAACUAUUUAUAAAGCAUGCUAUUCAGAUCAGAUAUGAUGAUGUCUACUGUUGCCUUUUUUGCUGCAGUCAUCUCUGUUUUUCACUUUGUUUUUGGUUAAAUGUUGAAAGUUGAUUUUUGACAUUGUGUACACCCGUGACCCCUCACUGUGAUAUUUCUGUUUCAUUUGAAAUAGUUUUAAAAUUAAAUCACCGCAUGGAUAUGCGA